GAAGAGGGUUCAGAAGAUGAGCUUGCACUAGGCAGACGGACCAGACGACGGCCGGCCAAGACAGCUGCGAGUGCGAAGCCCACCAGAAGUCUUCGUACUCGUCGAAUAUCUACCGGCUUGACUGAAUCUGAGGAAGACAUCGACAGCGACGGAGUGCCUUUCUUGCAGUCUGAUCUGCCAGGGCAGCGCAAGCGCAAGUCCAAGCCACGCUCACGUGUGAAGGGCGCAGAUUACGAGGAAGAUGGCAUCGGCUUCACAAAAAGCACGCGGCAGAGUGGACGUACGACCAGGCAUCAAGGUGGCAUGCAGGAGGUCGAAAUGGACGACAUUUAUCGAUCAGACUCCGAUUCGCAGCGUCGUCCGCCUAUAAAGCCGAAGAUCUUGACCACGAAAGAGGUCUUCAAGGAGCUUCCUCGCAACAACGAGUUCUGCAUGCGCCAUCAUCAAUAUUGUGAAUCGUGUGGCCAGGGCUCCAGCUUCUCCAAGCUCGUCUACUGCCAGGGCUGUUCCCUGGUCUAUCACAAGCAGUGUCUUGGUCAUCGCACAAAUCGCGAACACCUGGUCACGAAAGUCGGCGAGGAUAACUUCGUCUUGCAGUGUCGGCGCUGCGUUGCCUAUCCUAGGAAGAAAGAUCCAACUGCACCCGAUCAAGGCAAAUGCUCUGGGUGCAAUCGUCAUGGCGGCGCAUGCAGACCGUGGAGACCUCGCAAGACCCCAGGUCAAGAGCAAAGAGAUCGCGACGAGAAUGACGGCGUUGAUCCGAGCUAUUCAAUUCCAUCUGAGAUGAUUAACAACAUGGACAAUGUCAUGUUUCGCUGCACCAAUUGCUUCCGCGGCUGGCAUUUCGAGCAUCUUCCUUCACGUGCCGAUUACGACACAAUGGAGACGGAAGUUGAUCCGGAGCAGCGAUUCCGGGAAUACAGCCGUGACUGGAAAUGCAAGGACUGUGCUGAAAUGCCUGCCAAGGUUUCUGGUAUCAUUGCUUGGAAGCCUGUUGAUGAGGACACUUACGACCCCGCGCUGGGUCUAGAGGGAAUGGAUGAAGAAGACAUCAUCUAUUUGGUCAAGUGGGAUCAGAUGUCAUACUUCCGUGCCCGUUGGAUGCCUGGUCCUUGGGUAUGGGGCGUGACAGCUCCAAUGAUGCGAAAAGCGUUUGCAAAGCGCGACGACUCUCAACAUCCAAAGAUGCGCACCGAAGACGCCAUCCCUGAGGACUAUCUGCGAACCGACAUUGUGCUGAAUGUUAAGUACACCAGCUAUGUUGACAUCAGAACCGAGGAUAUUGACAAGGCGCGUAUUCGUGAGAUCGAUAAGGCUCUCAUCAAGUACAAAGGCUUGACUUACGAAGAUGCCGUUUGGGAGACUCCUCCAGGCCCUGAAGAUGGCGAACGUUGGAGUGACUUCGUCAUGGCCUACAACGACUGGGUUUCUGGACGCUACGUUCGCCAACCUAGGCCCAACACGCUCAAAACCCGUCUGGAGAAGGCACGCAAGGAUGACUUCCGCAAUCUCGAGAAAAACCAGCAGCCUGAAUCCAUGGAAGGAGGAAAGCUCAUGGAAUAUCAGAUUCAGGGACUCAAUUGGCUUUACUACAAAUGGUUUACCCAGAAGAACGCCAUCCUAGCAGAUGAGAUGGGUCUUGGCAAGACUAUUCAGAUCAUUGGAUUUCUGGCAACUAUGGUGCAAGACCACAGCUGCUAUCCCUUCCUUAUCGUGGUGCCGAACUCUACCUGUCCCAACUGGCGUCGAGAGAUCAAGCGAUGGGCACCAAGUCUGCGGGUCGUGGCUUACUACGGCUCCAAGGAGAGCAGAGACAUGGCCUACAAAUAUGAGCUUUACCCAGAACAGAGCAAAGAUCUUCGAUGUCAUGUGGUCGUGACGAGCUACGACGCUGCGGCUGACGAGAACUGCCGCAAAUUCUUCAGGGGAGUGCCAUGGCAAGGACUCAUCGUGGAUGAGGGACAGCGCCUGAAGAAUGAUAAGAAUCUGCUCUACGCAGCCUUGUCUGCGCUAAAGGCUCCCUUCAAGAUCCUUCUCACUGGCACUCCUCUGCAGAACAACCAGCGCGAACUGUUCAAUCUGCUCCAUUUCUUGGACGAUGACUUUGACGCUGCCGCCUUGGAGCAAGAAUACCAGGAGCUCGACGCAUCAAAAAUUGCUGCUUUGCACGACAUGAUCCGACCGUUCUUCCUGCGUCGCACGAAGGCGCAAGUGCUGACCUUCUUGCCUCCCAUGGCCCAGCUCAUUGUGCCUGUCAGCAUGACUGUUGUGCAGAAGAAGCUGUACAGAAGCAUUUUGGCCAAGAAUCCGGAUCUCAUGAAAGCCAUCUUCAGCACUGAGUCAACGAACCUCAAACAAGGCGAGCGAGCAUCGCUGAGCAACAUUCUCAUGCAGUUGCGCAAAUGUCUGUGCCAUCCAUUCGUCUACAACAAGUCCAUCGAGGACAGACAAGUUGAUCUGGCAUCUUCUCAUCGUAACCUGGUCGAUGCUUCGAGCAAACUGAAAUUGCUCGAACUGCUUCUACCAAAACUCAAGGAGCGUGGUCACCGAGUGCUCAUUUUCAGUCAAUUCUUGGAGAUGCUGGACAUGGUCGAAGAUUUUAUGGACGGCAUGCAACUCCGAUACCAGCGUCUUGAUGGAUCCAUCAGCGCGCUGCAAAAACAGAAGCGCAUCGACGAAUUCAAUGCGCCUGAUUCUCCUUUCUUCGGCUUCCUGCUUUCGACUCGCGCAGGAGGCGUCGGCAUCAACUUGGCAACAGCUGACACUGUCAUCAUUCUGGAUCCAGACUUCAACCCACAUCAGGACAUUCAAGCCUUAUCCCGAGCCCAUCGUAUCGGCCAGCAGAAGAAAGUGCUCUGCUUUCAACUGAUCACUCGUGCUUCUGCUGAAGAACGAAUCAUGCAAAUUGGCCGCAAGAAGCUUGCCUUGGACCACGUCUUGAUUCAGGAAAUGGACGCCGAUGACGCCGACCAGACCGAUCUCGUAUCCGUGCUUCGCCAUGGUGCCGCCGAAUUGUUCGAAGACAGUGGUGAAAAGGACAUCAUCUACGACUCUUUCAGUGUAGAUCGCCUACUCGACCGAUCGCACAUGGAAGACACCAAGACUGGUGAGGACAAGUCAGCGGAGACUCAAUUCUCGAUUGCUCGUGUCUGGGCAAACGAUAGUGCCACCUUGCAGGAAGCGGUCAUUGACACCGAGGAGUCCGCCCCUGAUCCGGGCGUGUGGGCCAACAUUCUCAAGGAGCGCGAACGCGUGGCUGCAGAGGAAGCUGCCGCCAAAGCCGAGGCUUUUGGUCGCGGCCGUCGUGCUCGCGCUGCCAAUGUCGACUAUACUGGAGAAGGAGAGGAACUGGAAGGCGUAACAGGCGAGGCUUUACCACCUCUGAAGAAGCGCAAGAAGAGAGAUCCGCAUGACUCGGACACCGAUUUCCAGGCCGACGACAGUGAGGACGAAGCCGAGGACGAAGGUGAGCAAAUGCUGGAGAACGGUGAGUUGAUGGAUCUGGACAAACCGGUUACUAAAGAAGCAAAAGAGGAAACGCCGAAGAAAUCUUCUGCAUCAACUGCGAAGAAGAGCUCUAGAGGUGUGGCUCAAGAGGCUAGCAAGGCUCAAAAGUCACCCAAAUCAAACGCCAGUGGGACCAAAGAUGCGAAGAGCCAGCCUUUUGAGCCUCCUGCUGCUGGUCAACCUGCUGUGCCGGCUACUCGGUCGGAAGGUGCUGACGCCAGCACUCCUGCUUCUCCAAUGAGGGAGGGCGGCGUCAUUACAACCGAGCAGCCUCCGUCGUCCACGCCCCAGAACGGAAGCACUGCUGCGACCGCUAUCGCCAUCGACAGCGAUGACGAUAACAUCCCGACUUUCAAGCGUGCCGUCAUCCCUCAUCCCAAGCCAGGCGACGACGCUAUGCCUCGUUACAUCAACUGCAAAGCCUGCGUUCGGAGGCAUGAAGUUGGAAGUUGCCCUCUCAAGAUUGCUGGAGUGGAACAUUGUAACCUUUGCGGAAUUGCGCACUUUGGACAAGCCAGGGUGUGUCCUCACAUUCAGAGUGAGACACAGGUUCGACAAAUGAUUGAGGCUUUGAAGUAUUCGAAUGAGCCUGAGCAUCUCGUCAAUGAAGCUAGGCGGUAUUUGCGUGGAUUGAAGGGUAAUUUGGUGCAAUUGAAAAAGCAG